ACUCGUGGUUAAUUUAUAAGGUAUUGGUGUGUAUUUUUAUUUAUUUAUAUUUACGCUACUUUUAUUUUACUGUAAUUUUAAAUGUCAGCUUGUUGAGGGUCAUGUCUUACGUCUACUAGACCUACACACAGUUGCAAGUUUUUGUGUGUGGUUCCCAUAACACUAUUCGAGUGGAGGAAGUUAAUCCGUAUUACAUCACUUCCACGGUAACUCCUUCCUGCCUCUUACUCACACUUUCUUUUUUCUCGAUCGCUGACUCUCGUCCCUGAUGCCUACACAAACACACGUUCAAAUCUGGUCUGGUUCCCAUAGCAUACGAUUAAAUAAAGCUUGUUGUAUCAACGAAACUUGUGCCUCCCCUCAUGCCUAUACACACACUCAAAUAUGAUCUCGCUUCCAUAACAUACGAUUAAAUAAAGUCUGUAUCAUCUUAACUUGCGCCUCCUCCUCGCCAUUUCUCAUUUCUCGUUCGCUGAUUUUCGUCCCUCAUGCCUAUACAAACGCUCUUACAAGUCUGAUCUCGCUCCCAUAGCAUAUGAUUAAAAUGAUAAAGCUUGUAUCAUCUUAACUUGUACCUCCUCAUCCUUUCUUGCUCCACGCCCGCUUCUCCUCGUCCUUGAUGCCCCUCCUCCAGCCUGGCCACGCUCCAGGCGGCACCCGGGCACAGGGAGGUGCGCCACGCUUCAGCCGCCGAGGCAUGCGCCAUGCGCUAGGUCCCGCCAGACGAGCAUACACGCAACUUCCCUGUGGGCCGAGGAGGCGCCCUUAUCGCCGCCGCCCCGUGGAGGCUACUCCUUCCCUCAGGUCCUCCCCUGACGUAACUGAAACAAGACGUGUCAUCCAGCAUACAUGGGGUUUCGAGCUUAAUUCCAUUUUAGGAAGUAUGACAACUAGAGGCAUGCACAAAAAGAGAAAGAGAGGAAGGGCAGAUAUGUCGCUGUGCAUAUUUUGUGUGUGCAUGGCAUCUCAGGAAGGCAAGGGCUUGGAGGAGGCGGACUGUCUGCCUGCCCCGGCCUGCAGCUCGGAGAGCCAAAUAGGACUGGAUCACGUGAGCAACUACUUGAAGAGCGUGCAUGAACGUGUGGGUGCCGGGCUGAGGUAAUGUGUGAAGUAAGCCAUUGUUUGUGGGGAGAGCAGACGGCAUCUCAUCCAGCAGCCACCCGCCGAGGCAACACCACACUGCCGCUGCCCACCGCGCCGCUCGUUUUCACAUGCAACAUUUAUUUACAAACCACCAUGGACUCUCACCGCUUUCUAAACACUCGAAUAGCGUCUCAUAAUAAAGAUACCACUAGUUAGACCAUUUCUGCAGCGAGAAUAGCGUUAGUUAUUCAAUAUUAACCCUGGCGCUUAAAACAGAUAAGUGGCAACCGAGUUCCAUACCUUCGACUCAUCUCUGUAGCGUCUUGGCUCUUGGGGCAGCUUCGGGCAGGUAGUGCACUUGUCAGUGUGGUAGUGGCCGCAGGAGUUUGUUGUCUCUCAUCGCUCCGUGUGUGUCUGUGCCAGUGUUUCCUUGCUAUGCGUAGUGCCGAACAGACGUGAGAGGAGGCGGUGAACGGGUGUGCCGGAGAGUGGCGUGAGGGUGUGCUGUCAUCGGUGGGGCAGUGGUGGUGGUGGUGGUGGUCAGGUCAGCGAGUCUGUGCCUGCAUUGCUCAAAGCUCGCCCUCGCCAGCUUCAGGAGUCACCAGCGAGCGUGGGUGACCAGGGCCGCAUACCUGAGUCUCCGGCAGCCAGGUAGUCUGCAGGUGUGUUUCACGUGAGGCGGCCGCAGGUGGUGGUGGGUGGCGGGGCAGGACAGGGCAGGGUGCGCCUUGUUAUUCCUCGCUGAAGGUGCUGCCCAUCCUCGGUGACGGCCCUGAAUACUAGUGCUUCGGGGAGUGGUGUGACGGAAACCCGGCGAUAAGGGAAAAGUGAAACGUUUGUGUACAUAUGUGAGUGCGUGUUAGUGAGUUAGUCAGUGUGUGUGGAGGGGUUGCACGUGCCCAGUGGAGUGCCGUGUGAGGCGGCAGUGACGGGCAGCACCGCGAACCUCACCCUUCCCACCCCACCCUCCCACCUGCACGCGAGGCCGGCUGGAGGGCGCCUUACAUGGCCCGACGACCCCCUGCCGACGUCUCAGCUCCCGUGUUCUGAAUGGGGCGAGUCAUGUGAGCAGCAGCCGGUCCGUCCCUCCACCAUGAGUGCCGCCAAGAUCAAGAACAAGAAAGCCCACCUCCGCCAGAAGCUCGGAGGCGACGGGGGAUCCGGUCGUUUUCUGUUUCACAAGAGCCCGGCUUCAGGGACCACGGUGCUAGACGCGAAAAGUGAAAAGAGCAAAAAGAGUCAGCUGCAAAAUGACCUGAUAUCCGACCUGCCCAAGGAUGGCAAGUGGGCCUCGCGGCAGCAGAACCUGGACAUCAUCUCCAACUGUCCACCGGGCCAAAUGGACGACUUCGACGGCGUGGACCGCAUCAUCGAAGUGAGAGGCGAAACUCCUACCUCCACGUAA